GUUGAAAUGAACGGCAAAAUGCAUCACCUAGUUUAGGCAUUAAUAAUUGAUACACGAUGCCAAUUUUUACCUGCUUUAAUAACAAUAGUUCAAUCAUAAAGUAAUCAAUGAGCAAUUUGAGCAUAGUUGAUGUCUACAAAUAUUGUUGUCUAAUUAUUUCGUGUACAUAUUCGUAUGUGAUUUUGUGUCAUCGAUAAAAAAACAUAGGCCAACGAAGCCAACGACGGCGAUCAUCAUAUAUUACAGAGCUUUCGUCGUGAGAACAUCUUCAAGACCAAAAAAAACUAUAGAAAUGGCUGUUAUGCGUAUAUUAAAAUUAAAAGAAGUGAAUAUUAUUCAGUUGUUCAUACUGAUGGUUGUGUGCUCAGGAUACUGCAUUCCAACGAAUAAUUCCUCUGAUUGUGUUAUUGUUGGAUCGCAUGAAUAUAUCUCUGAAAAUGAUUUGAUUUCCUGGGGAAAAGAACGUACAUACACAUUACCGUGGGAGGUUCGUGUUUUGGAUCCUGGUUGUAAAGCAAUUUUGAUAUCAAACAAACACGUGCUAGCUAGAACCAGCUGUAUUUUUCAAGGAAUCGAUCCGACAACUUUUCACAGUGAUGGUACUUCAAAUGAGUUGAGCCUUCCUCAUACCAAAGUUCUUAUAACGAAUAGCUAUGCCAUAAAAGUACAUAAGAUCUAUGUACAUAAAAGUUAUAACAACUGGACUCGUGAUGGUGAUAUUUCAAUUCUGGAACUGAGUGAAUCAGUUUUUCUCCUAAGAAACUAUAUAUAUCCGGCUGUUUUGCCUCAAGCUCCGUUAGAUUUGCACCACGGAAAAUUGUAUGUAGCAUUUAAUGAAGGAGACUCUUCGCAUUCAACAUUUCUUCAAAAAGUGAAUGCUUCAAUUUGGUCAAACGAUGAAUGCGCUCCAGAUCUGGACCAUAAAAUUGUUAUAAAAGAAAACUUGUUGUGCAUUGAAGUUACCGAUGCUUGCGAUCAUCUUUUGAAUGAUACGUAUAACCCGUAUGAAGGCCCACUAUACCACGUACUUAAAAAUGGCAGCAUGGAAAUCAUAGGAAUACCGAAAGGUGUAAGGUGUAAAUAUGAUUACAUGGAGUCAACUGACUCUAUGAUAACUAAAUCUGCAUUGGUAUACACACGUUUAGUGGAUUUUUUGCCAUGGAUACAAAAUAUUUUAAACAUUGGAUGCGGCGACCGAACUAUUCAUUUUGGAAACAAUCUUGAUGCAUUUGUAUUCAAGGUAGACAUGAAACAAACGGAAAAACAAUGGCCACGUAAAACACACCCUAUACUUUGUCUAAUCGUCAAACUACGUCAACCACAAGUGAAACAGUACAAAGCAAACGAUUAUUUUUCAUUCCUACGAACAAAACAACUAGGAGUGAUAUCAAAAAUUGAUUGCCUUUGAACAAAUUUACUAUAAUAAUGAAACUAGUUAGACUUUAUUUAGUAAUAAUUCUUUAUCAACACAUUUGCAUUUUUUUGUAACAUUAUAACUGAUUAUUAUGAUUCAAGUUCCAAUAAACAAACACUGCAUCUUA